AUGAUUUGUAAAUGUAAUAAUUUUAAUUACAUUUGGUAUAAUGAAAAUGACUUGAAAUAAAAAUAGAUUUUAACAUUAGAAUAAAGUAAUUAGUUCCUUGAAAAUAUCAAUUUAAUAGUUUAGGAUGAAUUGAUGGAAUUUAUAAAAGUAAGUCUAGGAUUUUCAUAAACUAAAUUAAGGAAGUAUUUUUUCUAAAAUAAUUUGAAAUUAGCCUUCAUUUCGUCUACUUUUCCCAAUGACCCCAACCUAUCUUUUAAAUUAAGGAAAAUAUUUCUUUCCUUUUAAAAAUUUUUUUUGUCCAAAAAUUUAGUUUUUUACAACAAUUUAGUUUCUUACAAAAAUUUAUAUUAUUAAAAAAAAAAAAAAAAUAUAUAUUGUUAGAACAUUCAACGUUGUCUGACAACUGAAAUCAAUUUAUAGUUAGAAAACUCAAUUGUCAAAGAUGUAAAAUUUGAUAAUGAUAACUUUUAUUAAGCUAUUCAUGAGCAGAACAAAACUAGCACAAGACAAUUGGGCAAUCGACAGCAACAGGAGCAGAACAAGACUACCACAAACAAUGGGCAAAAGGAGAUAGUAUGUGGUAUAUCAUUUGAGUGCCAAAACAGAAAUAAAAUCUCCUAGCUUAAUAUAAGAAAAUGUUUUUUCUCCUUUUGAAAAAAUUUUUUUUUUAUACAAAAUAUAGAAAAUUUAUUUUUCAAAUUAAAAAAAUAACAUUCAACAUUAUAUAAUUGCUGAAAUAAACUUCUAAUGGAACAACCCAUUUUUUGAUUUUCCUUAACAAUAUUUACAAUGA